CUUGUGUCCUAAAAUAUAAUUUCCUUUGAAACAUUUGCAUAAAUUCAGUGACUUCCUCAACGCUGCAUGUUGCACAACAGCCUGGUGUUUAAAGGAUCCGCUCACUGCAGUUCACACAUCGUCUGACUUGGUUUCUAUUUUCAUAUUUGGGUUCUAGUUGGAUUUAAACCGAACCCAGAGUGACACGUUUUGUUCCGCCUCAUGUUUUAAACACGAAUUCAGCUGAAAAACUUGUGAUCUCCUCGUUCACUCUUCCUCCCACAUCCUCGGUUUGGUUGGCUGGUUUCUGCCCUGUAGGUGUGAGCGUGUGAACAUGUUUGCAUGAAUUCCUGGCUGCAGCAGUGAGGUGGGCAUGCAGUGUUUGCCACAGCGAUGUGGUUUGUAGAGUCAUCCGUGGAGAGAAGGCGUGAGGAUGACCAGAGGAUGCAACGUCACACAGGAACAGAGGAAGUUUAUCUCCAGCGCGGCUCGUCGUCCCUCAUAUGACUCGGCGCACAAGGAGGAGCUCAGACUGCAGGAUCGAGGAACAUCUGGAUGGACGGCUGCCGCACAGCUGGCUCUGCUGGAGGAAUGGAAAUCCUCAAUUCGUCCAACACCACCAACCAGUCCGACUUUCACAGCAUCUUCACCAAGCAGGUCCUUCCCCCCUUCUACAUCGCCAUCUUCGUUCUGGGCCUGUGUCUAAAUGUCGUGGCCGCCUGGAUCUUCUUCAGAGUCCCAGCAGACUCUGGGCUGGUGGUCUACCUGAAGAACAUGGUGGUGGCUGACCUGCUCAUGCUGCUCUCCUUCCCCUUCAGGGUGGUUGAUUACUUUGGUUAUGAGAGUUUGGACCUCGAUGUGAUCAAGUGUCGCUACACAGCCGUACUCUUCUACUUCUCCAUGUAUGUUGGAAUCCUCUUCAUCGGCUUCAUCAGCCUUGAGCGCUACGUCAAGGUUGUUUGCCUCUCCCCUUCCUCCUCCACCAUCCCUUCCUCCAGGUCCAGAUUCAGUGUCGUAUCUGUGCUACAGCAUAUACAGAGGCCCACCUCUGCCUGGGUUCUGGCGGUCCUCACAUGGAGCCUCCUUUUCCUGUGCUGUGCCCCCAACACAAUACUGACGAGCAAAUUUGAAGAAAAACAGCCUGGAAAAUGUAUGGAUUGGAAGACACCGCUGGGCAAGCAGUGGCACAAAGUCUCAAGCCAUAUCAGCGUGUCCUUGUUCUGGGUGACACUCGUUAUCGUGACUUUCUGCUACACAUCAAUCGCUCGCCAGGUGUGCAAGACGUACCGCCGCAUGCGCCGUGAUACCACCGACAUCUGCCGCAAGUCCAACCGCAGCAUCUUCAGCAUCCUGGUGGUGUUCUUCAUCUGCUUUGUGCCAUACCACGUCUGCCGCGUGCCAUUCACUCUGAGUCAGUUCAGCCAAUCAGGCUUCAGCCCAGAAGUCAGUUUUUGGCUUUUCCAGAUUAAGGAGGGAGCGCUCUUCUUGUCAGCGAUGAAUGUCUGUCUCGACCCUGUGAUCUACUUCCUGAUGUGUGGGACUUUCAGAAAGUCCCUGCUAAGGAAACUGUCAGUGAAAGCAAGGAGGAAGUCGCUUAGCACCGCUCAGAGUCUUACCAACAUCUAGGAGAAGAGGACAAAGAAAUGUGUAGCAAAGAGAGAAAAGGUGGGAGCAAAAGAAAGAAGGUGCUGAGCCGUGAGGAGAUCCUUGAUGACUACCCAAACUGGACUACAUGGAGAAAACAAGCAGUCCUUAUAGGCUGGUAUUUUUUUAGAUCUUUCACACCUGAAUCAACUGUGAUGUUUUUGUAUUUAUAUACAAGAGAAACAGAAUAUAUGCUGAUAAUCACUCACUGACCACAUCAUUAGAAACAUCUUGCUGUUUCUGCUUUGGAAACCCUUGUGCCUUCAGAACUGCCUUGAAUUUUCACAUCAACGUUUCAAAAAGUUGUCAGAACCAUUCCUCAGAGGCUCUGGUCCAUAUUGAUGAGAGAUAAUCAAACAGUUGCUGCACAUGUUGAGAUCAAUGAUGAGGAUCUCUGUUUCACCACAGGCCAAAAUGUUCUGCUGGAUGGAGUUCUGACGAUCUUGCAGAUAUUAGGGUCCAUUAAACGUGGUUUAUGCUUGAUGAAUGUACAUUCAACACAGAAAAUGGACAUGAAGAGUGUGGCUGACACACUUUUUCCAGCAUUUAUAGCCUGUGCAGCUCGACCCAACCAACCUUGGGACCUUGCAAACAUUCCCAAUGUUAAUCAGGCUUUAGGGUACACUUAGCUCAUUGUCAUGUUCAAGAAAACCUGAGAUGAUCUGAGCUUUGAAACAGGGUCCAUUAUGCUGCUGGAAAAUCAGAAGAUGGGUCCAUUGUGGCCAUUAAGUACUGAUUAUGGUCAACAGUGAUACUCAGCUGGGCCUUCAGGUUUCAGUGAUGCUCAGCUGGUUCCAAGAAAAUAUUCCUCCCUACCAUUAGACCAGCACCAGCAGCAUUGAUCCAAAGCAGAACGGAUCCACGUGUUCAUGUUUACGCCAAAUACUGACCCAACCAGCUUGAGACCAAAAUCCCCCUUCUUCCUCAUUCUGAUCCUCAGCUGAACUUCAGCAGGUAUUCAACAGGUCUAGAUGCUGCAAUGCAUUCAGCUGCUCUCAUGUGUUUGGCUAAUAUACAAGGACUGAACAGGUGUACCUAAUAAAGUGGCCAGUGAGUGCAAGCGUUCUGUAUAUAAGAGUAGCACAUAUUUAGCUCUAGCUUCGUCUUUAUUAUUCAUUGAAAAAGGAAGAGUGGAGGGUGUGGAGUGGAGUGUGAUGGCAGGCAUCGAACCUGUGGCGGCUGCAGCCUCAUCAUGUUGCUGUGAAUUCCUCUGCACCUUCAGUUGGUCUGAGGCAGAAAGAGUCAGAAACUGGAGCUUAGCAAACAGCAAACAUGCCUUUUAUUUAUCUGUGUCACUUUUAUAUUCAAUAAAGCUUUAAGUUGUGUUGAA